GUUGGAAGAAGGGUUAUUAGGCUCAAAGGUUUUGAAAAAAAGGAACGCAACGGGACGCGUUUAUAAAAGGAACUUUUUUUUUUUUCUUGGAGAAUUGGUUUUCUUUUGUAAAGAGUAGGAGUAGGACUUUUCAUCAUCAUCUCGCAUUCAUCUUGUUUUACAUAAAGUACACAAUAGAAUCUCUGCUUCUGAACCCUAGCGAGUCACAAAGGACGCUGGCCCUGCGAGAACCACACACACCGCCUCCCCCGCACAUAAAACCGUUCCCUCAUUUAGCAACCGUUUUGAAAAAUACAUUCAAGGCGCAGUCCCCCAGCUUUUGUCGCAAGGAACAUUUCGGAAACAAAGGAACGUGGGACGCUGGGUAAAUCCAGAUUCUAGCGUUUACCAAAAGGAGCGCAGUCUUGUCCAUUCCCAACUACAAAGAAUUCCCAUCACACACAUUGCUGGCUAAAUGGCACCUUCGGCCACACCCAAGAGCAGAAAGGACAAGAGUUCCGGCCCCAGUGAGGAGAAAUAUAAACAGUUGAAGCGAAAGCUAAAGGAGGUUUUGGAGGAACAUGACCGAAUGACCUCUCGCCUAAAGAAAGCCCGUACAAAGAUUAUGCAGCUCAAACGGGAAAAAGAAUUGCUGCUAGAUCGUCUAGAGCGAUAUGAACGGCCAAGUUCGUCAGAAAGCGAUACAGACCUCACCUCAAGCAGUAGUGAGUCGGAAUCGGACGUUUCUUCAGUUCCCUCAGACGAGUCGCACCUCUCACCCCACGGACCCCAGAGGUCGACAGUCUUCAAAUCACAGGCUGAUUACCAUGCAGUUUAUCCACCACAUAUAAAUAUACAGCAACUACCAUCAUCCCGCGAGCCUACACCUAACAAGGCAGGAGCAAAGCGUGCCCGCAAGGAGCCUGCCGUAAAGCGACCUCCUGUGAAAGCAAAACUCCGCAAAAUACAGCAUAUACCUGUGGAUGACUCUGGAAAGCCAAUUUUACCCCUCCAGGUCGGAAUUCUGACCAUAUAUAAUUUGGGCGAGGUUGUCUAUGAUCGCAAGCAAUUCCAUAGCGAACGCUAUAUUUAUCCCGUUGGUUAUACUAUUACACGACCAUAUGCAAGCAUGAUCGACGCAGAGAAAACAGUAACUUACACCUGCACUGUGACGGAUGGUGUGGAUGGACCACGCUUCCAUGUCACACCUGAGGAUGCUCCAGACAAAGGUGUAACUGCUGUAACGGCAACUGGCGCUUGGACAUCUGUCAUCCGAGUUGCCAAUGCUGUGCGUAAACGGGAACACAGUAACAGCGCGUCAGGCCCAGACUACUUUGGGUUUUCACAUCCUACGGUAUCCAAACUUAUCCAAGACCUCCCAAACGCGGACAAAUGCGAAAAUUAUGUCUGGCAGCGGUUUGAGGAAAUUAAAGGCAGAGGAACUAAGCGAGUCAACCCCAAAGUGGAAAAGGCAGGGCUUGCACUGCCCUCUGCAUCACCACUAGCGUCAGCCACACCCACGCAACACCUUCCAAAUGGUCAUCUCCUUCCUGCCCCUCACACCCAUCACACUCACGCGUCAUCACCAAAGGCUUCAGAUAUUCCAGAUUGGUCCGAGAAUGGAUCUGCGGUGAUUGACGAUGAAAAAUCGGCAUUAUUUUAUCCCACAGACACGCUAGGGACAAGCAGUGUACUGAGCGAUGACGGAGUUUCCGGGAUAGGUGACAUAGAGGAUGAUGACAAGGGCUCGGACGUACUCCCACCCAGUGUAGACGAUGGAGAGAUGGAUUUGGAUUCAGAAGUCGAUGUGUAGGGAUUAAUUUAAUGGCCCUCCUCCUUGUCACCUAUAACGACGCAUUUGCCAGCCACUAUGUUCAUAUGCAG